CGCCGGGCUGGGAGUUAAAGUCAACCCCGAGCCUCUUCACUGCGUCAGCCCACUCCUCAACAACUCGAGGCCGGAGACUUCCACCUGGCGUCUAGGCCAUAACCACCUAAUGUAAACAUAGCAAAUAGACAGCGUGUCAGAGGGCUAGGCUAUUCAAGCUUAGCAAAAAGAGCGACGAAGCAGGUGUAUGUUUCGCUUCCCCAGCACUGUGAUAAAGAUUACAUUUACAUCGCUUUAUAGCAAAGAAGAGGUCAAAGAAGAACAGCCAGCAUCUCCUAUCCGUCCAUUCUGCCCACAGAUCUCACCGCUCAAGAUUAACAUUCCUGAUCCAAACAUCGACUUGGUCAGCCCUAUCCCAUCACCCACUGGCACCAUCAGUGUUCCCAAUUCCUGUCCUGUGAGCCCUCGUGGUGCCGGCUCCUCUGGAUACCGUUUUGGACGCAACAUCACAAGAGACCUACAGCUAGCUGCAGCAUUUGCUGAAAAGGCAGCAUCCGAGCAGCAGGCCGAAACAUCUGGCGGAGAUAGCCCUAAGGAUGAUUCAAAGCCCCCCUACUCCUAUGCACAGCUGAUUGUGCAAGCCAUAUCAUCUGCUCAAGAUAAGCAAUUAACACUAAGCGGCAUCUAUGCACACAUCACAAAGCAUUACCCUUACUACAGGACAGCUGACAAAGGAUGGCAGAAUUCAAUCCGGCACAACCUUUCUUUAAAUCGGUACUUUAUCAAAGUACCACGGUCACAGGAAGAACCUGGCAAAGGGUCGUUUUGGAGAAUUGACCCAUCAUCAGAGAUAAAAUUAGUGGAGCAGGCAUUCCGAAAACGCAGGCAGAGAGGAGUGUCUUGUUUUAGGACGCCUUUUGGACCCAUCUCAUCCAGGAGUGCCCCUGCAUCUCCUAGCCACCCAGGUCUUCUUUCUCCUCAUUCAAGUGGGUUGCAGACACCUGAAUGCUUGUCUCGUGAAGGGUCGCCUGUCUCACAUGACCAUGAUUUCACAAGUUCCAAACUGGCAUCAGUACCAGAGGUUCGUUACUCUCAAAGUGCACCAGGUUCCCCAGUUAGUGGUCAGCCUGUUAUAAUGGCAGUUCCCCCCCAGCCACCUGGUGUUGUAACAAAGUCUGUGGCCUAUAUGCCUGCUUCUCUAAUAACUUCCCAACAGUCUUCUGCACAUGCCAUUCACGUGCUUCAGCAGGCUCCUACUGUAACCAUGGUGAGAGUGGUAACAACGUCAGCUAACUCCUCAAAUGGCUAUAUUCUAACCAAUCAGAGCCAUGUUGGAAGUGGACAGAUUAUACAGGAUGGUUCCAAUGACCAGAAAGGAGUCCUAGAUGACAAAUCCCUUAUGACUUUUACUAAUGUACCUUCUGGCAGUCGGGUCAUUCAGACAGUUAGCAGCCAGAUGUCACAACCUGUACCUGGACAGAUGGUCACCAUCUUGCAACAAGCACCAGCAACUUCCAUGGGGCAGCAUCAACUUCCAGUAAAAACAGUAACUCAAAAUGGCAAACAUGCUGUUCCUGUGACAAGCCUUCAAGGAAAUACUUACACCAUUACUAAUCCACUACAGAUCCUGGCUACACAGGCGACAUCUUCCUCGCCUGUAGUUGUGAGCAAGCAACUUGUCACAGAACUGCAACAUUCAGCUUCAUCUGUUGGUGAGCCUGAGGCCAAGCGACCUAAGAUGGAAGAGUCAGCUGGAUCAGGCUCUGGUCUUGCUGUGAUCACCUCAAGUCCACAGAUACAGGGUACCAGUGAAUAAAACAAACCGGAAUCAAGAAACAGGUUACAUUGGCGAGGAUGUUUUUGGGUGUUCCACAGAAAAAAAAACAGAAUUCCAAGGUGCCAAGCUCAUGGGAGAGAGGGGGAAAAUAAUGAGCCUGUCUUGAACUGAAGCUCAUGUUUUAAAUGAGGAAACAAGGUAACUGAUUGUAGGAUUAAGAGUGGCUGAGAUGGAGAGUACAUCCAUUUCCAUAAUUCUGGCUUUGUUGUUAUUUUACAAGCCUUAAUUUGAAAGAAAAUGUUCUGCAGAAUUAGUGGGAGGGAAGCAGAUGACUUGAAUUCCUCAGUACAGCAGUGGGAUAUUGCCAAGCACAUAACUUGGUGAUACGGAAAUAGGACUCUGUAAUUGUGUUGACUUAAAUACAUAAUUACUAUAAACCUUAUGAGUACUGCUGAAUUGCCAUUUACAUGUGCACGUGGUCUUUCCAAAAAAAUUGAAGUCGAACAUUGCUACGCCAGGUUAUUGUGAAGACGUUUUGUGCUCUCACCUGGUGCCACAAAGUUCAGCUUGUUUGUUCUGCUUGCAUUGCACUUUGCAAAACUGCAUCCUUGGUGUGGCUCACUUGGUGAAGACCACAACCAUUCUAACCAAGAAACUUGGUUGUUUGGGGGUAUAGUAUGCGGUGGUUCUCUUUGACUGAAAUUUAUCUUUAAGUGGGAUAACUCCUACUAUUGUUAAAGCCUACAAUUUUGAAGGGCAGGGUAUCAGGUGAUCCUGGUUCCUUACACUUCGUGUCAUUAACACAAAGAUAAUUAUCUCCUCUUGAUGUUGUCAAACCACAUUAUUUCCCCACAGUGAAGUCAUUUUAAGUGCUCAGUUGCCCAAAACUCUGAAAUGGAAACUUGCUUCAUAAAUCACUUUCUCAAACUUGCAAUGGUGUGUGAAGAUAUUUCAAACUAUGUAGUGGCCCACUAAUGACUAGCAAAGCAAAAUCUUAAUUGUUGAAGUAAUUUAAUGAGUUGUAAAAUCAGUGCUGUAAUUGGGAUCAUUGAGAAUGGGCAGUUAAUCAGCCAUGGACAUCUGAAUAUUUUAUUAAUGAAGCUAGCAACAUCUGCUGAAAAUGACAAGAUAUGUAGGAGUGAUUAGGUUUUUUAAAUGUCACAUCAAAUUAUAGCAGAUAGACUCAAGCUAUUUAUAUUGUUCAGUUAAUUUUGGAUUUAUUCCCUGUAUUAAAUCUAAUGAACCACCUGUAAUUGACCCAGAUUGUUUAUGGAAUUGGCCUCUUAAUUGCGUCAUUGUGUGUAAAACAAACAAAAUUAAAUACUCUGUAAAAAUAAGACAUGCAAAUAUCUUAAGAUAUGAAAUUGGUGCAACAAGUUAAUUUGGACCUAAUUGAUCACAGUAUAGUCUGCUUUUUGAGAAUAUUAUUUGUGUACCAUAUCAGAAACAUUAAUGGUGUGGCAUAAUUUGUACAAGAUUAUCAAUUGGCCUAAGCUAAUGAAUUGUAUUUUCCCUCUAAAUUUCUAAUAUACUCUUUUCUAAAGAUUGCUUUUCAAAGAAGAAAUCAAUUUUGUUUUUACUUUAUGCAUCACAGCCGGUAUGUAUUUUGUGCUGCUUCUUGACCAGAUCUAGGGCAAAUUUGUAGGUAUUAGCAAUAUUGCCUGGAAAAGAAUAACAGAUGUAAGUACUGUAUAUAUACUUUGAAUUGUCCAAGACUUGUGCAGUAACAAGGCUUAAAUAAUAUUCAUUCUUUGGGCAGACUGGAGUAACAUUGAGAUUAGUGGAGAUAUGUACCCUACCAUCCCUUUAUGAAACUGCAUAAUCAAAGGCGUGAAGCUACAUUUUAUAUAUUAAAAAAUAAGUUUUCUAAAAAUUUUAUAAACUAGUCUUUUGUCAAUUUUGAAGAAUAAUCUAAAACCAAAUUAACUUCAUUUUCAUCUUCAUUAGGCAGUCAAUUUGGCAUCAAGGUUGACUUAGUUCCACUCUGGUUUUGUGGGUUUUGAGGUGGCUAAUGAGGCCAAUGAGAGAACCACAUAUUUCUUCUACAGAUAGGGCAUAAUGUGCAAAUGGGAUGGACAGGUAUGUAGUUGUGAGGCAGUAUGCAUCUUCUGAUCUUUUGCAGUGCAUUUGUGUUCAUCCAAUUCAUGGUUUAUGGUUCUUGGACCUAUUCUAAGAGUUUCUGCACUUUGAGUGAUCAUGAGCUAGAGAUUUCUUCGUGGGGAUAUAUUUCUUCAAGGAGGCUUUUUUCCCCUGUCUUUGUGUGAUAAUCACUUCUCACCUGCUCCAUUACUAAAGGGCAUGAAAACAUGUAAACAAAGUUGAUAGCAGUUUACAUGCUCACAAUUAAAGUGAUUAGCUUUGACCAGAAGCUUGUAUAAUGAGAAAAAAAUGUGGUUUAUGCAAAGAGUGGCAUUGCAGGGCCUCUGUGGUGUUGCAGUAUUUUAACAGUGCGUUAUGGUGAAUACAGUGGAAAUCCCUUACGCAAAGUGUAUUACCUCAUUUCAGAAAUGACCCUUAAGAAUUGAGAACCUCUUGUGGAUUUGUGAACAGGUGUACAUAGAGGUUUGCCUUGCCUUGUUUUACUGGUUUUCCUCUGUACAUAUGAUCUGAUGAAUUUGAAAUGAAUACUGGACCUUUAUUGCAAGGAAUUUUCCGCUUUCAAUCUGAAAACUAUUCAUCCCCACGGUUGGAGAUGUGAAAAAUACAAGUGAAGUUUGUAUUCUUCCAAGCCUUUUUUUUCCCCUCAUUUGAUGUAUCCCUGGUGGUUAUAACAAGCAUUUCUUACUCUUGAGUUGCAAUUCCUCUUCCAACCCUUUAAAUUCUGGAAUUUCAAUCUUAAUCUUCUGGUCCUAAUCUAAGUAAUAAUGUAAAGAUCUUUCAGAACAUUGAAUUGAAAAGGUAUUAGAAAAUGGUUGGAUUUGUAUUUCAAUAUUCAAUGUGAUUUUUAUAUCUAGGAUUCUGUAAUGUCAGAAUGCAAAAUCAAAAUUGUUAAAUGGGGUAGUUAUUGUCUAUUUUUAUUUAAAAUUCCUUCUGUUAUAUAGCACUGCAGAUUAAUUUUUUAAAAAUUGAUAUGGGUAAUUAAAAUUAUCAUGAAGAAAAUGCUGUGUCUGCUUAAAAGGUUACAAAACAAAGCUGAUUAAGUGAAAUACAUUUUUCGGAGUGUCUAUUUUUGGUCAUUCACAAGAACUCCCUGCAACCCCCAUACAAUAGAAGAGCUCUGAUCUUGGUUUUUACCCAUCUUAAUGUGCAGCACUUCAAAGAUUUCACCUUCCAGUAAACUGAUUUUCUUCCCACCUGCACCCUCCUUUCCUCGAUUACCCAUUCUGAACUUUCACUUCUCACCUGCCUGUUAUUUCCCCCUGGGUCCCCUUCUCCUUCCCUUUGUCCUAUGGUCCAUUCUCCUCUCCUACCAUCAGAUUCCUUCUUCUCCAAUCCUUGAGCUUUCCCACCCACCUGGCUUUACUUAUCAUUUUCCAGCUAGUCUCCUUCCCCUCUCCCCAACUUUUUUUUAUUCUGGCAUCUUCCCCCUUCCUUUUCAGUCCUGAAGAAGAAUCUUCAGUCCGAAAUGUUGACAAUUAUUAAUUUUCAUAGAUGCUGCUUGACCUGCUGAGUUCCUUCAGCAUUUUGUGUGUGUUGCUUUAGAUUAAUCUUAUUAUUCUGAUUCAACUUCAUGUUUAUCUCAGUCAAUUCAAAUAAUAAUGUUUAUAUUCCGAAUUAAAUUUGGAAAACUGAAGGAAAAGUGGCCAGAGAAUGUCAGGUUGAACACUGUUCACAUCUUCUGGUGAGACAAAGACUGACUACAAUUAGAUCUGAUGAAAUUGCAUUUUUUUUGUUUUCUUAUUGCAACACUAUGCUGCUUUUAUAUUUCUAAGCCCCACUCGUAGUUAUAACAUGAAGUUUAUUUCAUAUUGUUAAAUCUUAAAAUAAUCAGUGGUCUGAGCUCAACAGCACUAUUAUUGCAGAACAAUAUUACUGCCGUCAGUAAUUUAUCCCACAUUGUUUGAAAUUCAGUUCACCCAGGUCCAAAGUCUAUUUUUAAGUGUAUUUUAAAACUUGAAUAUGUGUAACUGCAGCAGGAAUUUGGAAAUAAUGGUAGGUCACAAAUUUACAUAAGUAUAAUAAAGACAUCUAAUAAUAGUGCUGCAAAGGCAAGUCCCAAAAUUCUUGAACUAUAAAUACACCUCAAAGAAUAGAGGGUAGAGAAGAAAAAGAAUGACAUUUUCAGAAACUUGGCAUGUUGAAAAUAAUUUUAAAACUAUUCCAUUUUAUUAUAUGAAUUAUAAAAUCUAGGUUUGACACUUUUAUUAAUUGUUUGAGUAUAUUUGUUUGGAAUAGUUUGCAGGUAAAAUGUAGGUAUCUAGUUCAGUAUUCUUUAUAGCAGUUCAUUUAAUGUGGGAUGACACAUUUUAGGAUGAACUGGAAAAGAAAAAGAUCAGGGUAUUGCUCCCUUCCCUUUGUGAAGGGAUUGUGUCCUAUUACAAUCAUUCAUUAAUUGGUUAUAUUUUAACAAUAUUUAAACAUUACCCAAGAGAUAUGCACAAUGUAAGGGAAAUAGAAUUAACAAAGAUGUUGAUGCCUUUAAUGCAGAAUGGUAGGAACAUUUCUAAUUUUGAAUUCUGACAGUUGCUGCUUUUCCAGGAAGAUAAUUUGUCUUUGCUACUAAAACCAUCAGAUAACGUCAAAUCUCAGCCACACAUCAGUUCCAGGAUACUCUUGUGGUGACAGCGCUACUACCUAGACUUUAACAUCUGGUGAGGUAUGGCAGUAAAGAUUUCCUGUGUUAAAACUCCUUGGCUCUUGGUACGUUUGGUCCUACCAGGUUUAUUCCUGACAUGGAAGUGAGGAGUGCUGAAGUCUAACCCUUUGAAGAUGACAAGGGAAGGAAUAAUUGGAGUUUAAUUUUGAAUUCACUAAUAUUGAAUGUUAGCUAUCAAUACAAGAUUAUUCAUGUCUUUACUACUGCAAUGCACUUCCAUGUUAUCUUUCUGAGAUUACUGGCUUUGGUAAGAGGCUCUCUGGAUCUCAGUAUCCCGAGAACUGGACAGGUCAGCAACCGCUCUUUGCUCCAUCACGUCUGUGCCCUGUCAAUUUCUUUAGUGGAACCAGUUACAAAGAUUAUCAACAACAUCAUCUUUUUUUUUGUCCUUUGUGGAUUUUUGUGGUCAUUAUGUCAAAAUGAACUUGAAAUCUAUUAAUUGAUGUGAAUUUUAAAUGGUUGCAAAAUCCUGGCAGGCAUCAUUUGAGUAUUAACCCAAUUUUCUUCACAUUUUUUGAAAUUAAGUUUGAAAUACUGACUUUUUUUUUGGAAAGUUCUGUACUGUUUGCUAUUGUAACACAUUCCAGAAAACUGUGUGCAAUAGGGAGACUAGAAAUGGACUUGUGCUUUUUAUAGAGCUUGUUAAUGGUUCUCUAUUAUAAUUAAACAUCGCAGAUCAUACAGUGUUCUUGAAUGCUUGAAUUAGUUUUUAAAAAAAUUGACAGUAGGAAACAUUCAUGAACAUAGCACCGCAUAGGGAAGUACAUAUGGUUUAUCAUAGGGCAAAGUUGUGAACUUUGAAUAAUCGUUGCUCUUAGUCUUUUAUGCUUUACCUCAUCAAGCACUGACUCAGUUUAGCAAGGACAGUGUGUAAUACUGCAUUUUUGUACUGAUGGUUGUUAUUAGCUAGUAUUUGGUGGGAUAAAAUUGCCAUAGCAUAUGUGUUUUGCAGUCAAGUACUUUGGGCAAUACAUCGUGCUUCUGUUCAUUUAUGUUCACUAGUACUGAGUCUAAUCACGAUAUAUUGGCAGCAAGCACAAUAGGCAGAAGGCUUCUAUUUCAUGGUAAUUUCAUUACCAUAGUAUGAAAUAUCUUACAAUACCUUAUGUUGAGGAAAAACAAAUAAGAUUAAUGAGAUUGAGAAAAUUAUUGAAAUCUGCCUUUGUAAAUAUUGCGCAAGUUCUCAAAUUGCAAUAAAAUUUUAUGUAAUGAGAAAGAUAGAAAAAGUGAUUUGGCAUGGUUGGACUAGCUGAAUUUCUAGACUAUUGAACAUUACUCCUAAUAAUAUCCAAGCACAUUUAUAUCUUUUUUUUACAUAUUAUACAGUAGUGUAGUAAAUUUUCUGGUGAGCAUAAAGGGAGCUGGAAAGAUACUAGCACUCUGGACACCAGUUCCAGCCAUAAAGCUACCCAAGUUCCUGAUCACUAGUGUUGAAGAUCUUGGCCCUGGUCAUGCUGAUCCUGAGCUCUGGCCUAUCAUAGUGCUGCAUCUUGCACUGCUGGUUGAUAACUAAUUAGUCAGCCAGAUCCUGGAGUAUCAGUAUUUCUGAGCAAGUGGAUGCUGAGUUUGUAUCAAGUAGGAGAGAGAAAUGGUUCUUUUCCCCUCAUCCUGACACCUAGGUACAUUUACUUUUUAGAGGAGAAAUUUGGAAAUGAAGGCACAAGCUGUAUUAACAAAUGUCAUGGAGAUAUCCACAAACUUGGUUCUUCAAAUUUUGUUGGAGAAUAGCUCUUCUAAUUAGUUUGAAAAGCAAAACAAAAUACUGAAAAUUGAAACAGCAGCUACAUUUAGUUGCAUUGGAAUAAGCACUUGUAAACCUCCAUGUUUAAACCUGAAAAAAGCAAUUUCUUUCUGUAGAAAUAUUCUCUGACAAUUUUAAAAUAAUUUUGAAUAAUAAUCAUUAAUAAAAGCUUUAUGACGUGUGUGUGUGUGUGUGUGUAUAUACACACAUUCACACACACUCACACACACUCUCUCCUCCCCCCCCAAUGGAAAUGUGUAUUUAACACUUUACCCACUUUAACAGUUGUUGGAUAGGAGAUUUUCUGAAAUGAUGAUGUCUUGUAGAGCAAAAUAUUUGGCUUCUUGUCAGAAAGACAAUUUUGUUAAACAGAUUCAACACAUUAACAGGCCCUUCCAGUCCAAAGGGCCCAUGCCACCCAAUUACAUUCAUUAAGUUGACCAUUUCAUCAAGCCUUUCAAUGAAAUGAGAAAGUAAUAUUCUCAGCCUCGACUAUUUGCUUUAUUAUGCAUAUAUGAGACAUAAAGCAGAAAUAAAGUCAAUAUUUGAACAACUUCUACACAUUUGGAGUUUUAUUUUUAAAUUAAUAGUGUAGUUUUAAAUUUUGUUAUGAAAUUCUCAACAAAGUGGCAUUUGUGCAAAAUAACUUGUGCUGAUUCUUUGAUUUGACGUAACAUAAUUUUAGGAUCAUGUCAUUUAAUUGUAGCACAUAAAUACUAAUUUUUCAAAAAUGCUAGGUAACAGAGAUUGCCAUCCAAAGGAGUCCUGAAGCAGUCUACACCAAAUUGGUUAAAAAAUUACCUGCUGGACAGUUAUUAUAUGGUCACCUAAUAGGUUUAUUAAAUAUCGAAACUGUUUUGCUCACUGUGUGGGUCACCAUGGAGCAUUUAAUAUUGUACCGUAAAUGUGGAUUGUAUGUAUAAAAAAACUUUGAAGAAUCUUUCAUAGUAUUUUUCUUUAAAAAAUCCAAAAUUAAGGUGUUAUCAUUUCAUUUCUGAAGGACAGUAAUAUAACGUAAAUGUUUCACUUUAUAAUGUUUAGUUAUUCAUAGAUCUGUAAAAUGGAUGCGUAACUCCAAAAAUGCCCAUUUUCCAUGACAGUCAAAAACAUUAUUUUCACAACUUUAAUACACAUUUUCCCAUAGAUAUUAAAAGCAGAAACUUGUAUAAAAGUACUUUAAAGGAAAGUGCAACAACUUAUCAUGAUGCAAAACUUGUUAAAUCUGAUCAUUUUUUAAACGGCACUAGGGGCAUGGAAUAUCUUUUUUCCAAUCAUUGCUGCAAAAUCCGGUUACAUAAUUGGAUUAGAUUUGAAUAAGUUAGGGUAAAAAAAACUCUAUGAAAAUAACUUUUUUUUGAUUUCUCAUGAUUCUGCUGAUUGUUGUAUUACGGCUACUUUUACUUUCAAUACAUUUCUGAUUAGCUACUUGGAUUUUUAAAACAAUAUGAGUUCUUGACAAAGGUGGACAGUUUUGAAGGUCGGACACCUCAAUUAAGUAUUCAAGUGAAGUUUAUUGUCACUGCCUAUACAGUUGUUGGAUUGAAUGUAAAGAAAUAUUUACAAUUUCAGGAGAGAUUCAAAUUGCAUUAAUUUUAUUGUUACUGACUGCUGCUUCAGAGGAUCUUUUAAUAAGUUGCCACGUGACAUUGUGGUAGAAAUUGUAGAUGUUAUGAACCAAUGAAGACGAAUAUGAUCCUAGAUGUAAGUAUUCUGUGUAAAAAUAUAUGAAUAUUUUGACAUAGGACAAGAUAGUUCUCCUCUCCCCCUGCCCCACAAACACCUGCCACUCCAUCCCACCAGCACUCAUACUAACUUGUAUUCAAAUCCAUUCUCCUCGAUCUUAUUUUUUUUUUCAAAAUCCGAAAUGUUUCUGUUUGAGCUCAUGGAACUUAAUUUGAAAACAUCCUGAAGACUAAAACAGAGAACUAAUUAUUUUCUUCACAUGAUUUGUGUAUUUUACUCUAAGGCACUGUUUGUGACCCACAUCUGUUAUAUGUAUUCAAGCAUGCACUUCAUUACACAAAAAAGGUUCUUUGGAUUGUGGUUUAAGUUGUAGAGAAAAAGAAGUAGCAUCAAGCAGAAUCAUCCAUGUGCAUUACUACUUCAUCUUGUGUACACUACUCCUGUACCAACAAAUAACCACAUGCACUAUCUACCUCCCAAAUAAAAAUUUCUCACCUAGUACCUUGGUUUUUCACCUGCCAAGGAGGCAGUUGGGUGAACUACUCUGCAGUUAUGCAUCCUACAAUCAACAGAUUUCACCUUCCUAAUACUUUAUAAUGACAAGUAAAUUCAGGCAGAGUAGAACUUCUCAUGGCUCAAGCAUGGAUUAAGAAUUGUGACUGCUUGCUUUGGUUUUUUGCCGCAAUUCCUUCCUGGAAAUUAUUGCUGUAUUUGUCUGGUUUUCUUGGUUGUCUUUAGAAUCCCCUGGUAGUUUAAUCUCCCCUUACAUCUCCACAUUAUCCAAGUAGUAACAAUGCAUCUCAUGUUAUUUAAAGACAGCAGUGAAUUAUUAUCUUUUCCUCACUGUUGGUAAGUGUUUUAAUCAGUUGAAAGCUAAUGGUAAAGUUCAAUUAGAAUGAAAAAGACAAAAUGCAGCUCGGAAAUGUGCAAUACUUAAAACAUUUAGGAGGUAGAAAGAGAAAUACUCAUUCGGAUAUAACUGUUGUAGCUUUCUUACCAAAAAUGCAUAACCAUGAUGAAUUGUUUCUAUUGAGAAACUGGUAUAAAGAAUGGUAAUUAAAGUAGUAUACAAAAUACUGGAAAUGCAGUAUCAUUUACAUUUUCAUUAUUGAUUUCCAGCAUCUGCAGAAUUUUGCUUCAGCGUGCUGAUUAAAAUACUUUUUCAGGUUUUAAACUGUGCUGAAGGUUAGGUUUUUACAUAAAACAAUUAUAGGAAAAGUUACAGAUAAUAACUGCAAAAUGGAUUUCUUCUCAUUAACCCCGUAGAACAGUUAUAUAUUAAUCUCUUUGUAAGCUACUCAACUUACUUUAAUAAGUACUUUCCCAUCCAAUUUUCAUAUGUGCCCUUCCUGACUUUCUCUCACUGAAUGUUUCAGUGGUUUCAUAUCUAAUCAGCAAGACUUUAAUGCACCUCCUUUAUUUUCAAGCUAAGAUUCUCAAACUUCUAAAUCAGAAUGAUGGAACAGAGCACUAUUUAUGUUUAUUCCAUCUUUGUGAUGCCACAUAAAAGAAUAGUGACUGACCUGUUGAAGAUUAAGCCAGUUUCAAUAUAGUUGCUGCAAGUAGUUGAUUUAAAACAAUCACAACCAUGUUUGUGGUUUGCCUUUUGUCAAAAAGAAUAGCUAUAGGAGAAGAAUGCUUCCAUAUACCUCCAUAUCUAGAUUAUUCAGAAUAUCAGCAUAGGUUUGAAUCUAGCGUCCCAUUUUAAAAUAUAACGUUUAUCAGUAUUGCAUUGUUCUGUAAUAAAACCAAAAUACAUUACAGUUUCUCAUCAGGCCAAUUAGUAUCCAAUUAUAAUUGUAACAUCAAGUGCUCCCAGUGACUUUUAAUAGGUGAAUGAAUUGCUCAGAGUGACACUGAAUCAUCAGCAAGCCCUUUUCCAGUCAUUUAGACUAUCUGUUGUAGCAAGUGGUAACUGGAUCAGGUUCUGCUGUGAUGUUCCACAUCUUAAAGGUAACUCAACAGUGAUUGUUGCAGCAUGCAUAAAGUAUGGCCACUGGAGAGCACCCUAGUCCUGUGGAUCCAUAUUGUAGUGGAGUUUUCAGGAGAGGAACAGAAAGUAAUAUCAGUAAAGCAACCAAAAUAUGUUUUGAUUAUUUGUACUAAAAACGGUAAUCUAACUUUAAAUCCAUUUUUUGCAUACUGUACAUAAUAGUCAAGGAAUUCCUCUGCAUUGUGUAAUGAUAUUACACAGCUGAAUAGAGUGAUUAAUAAUGUCUAAAAUGUUUAAAGCCUCAAGAAGUUGUAUAUGUUGUGUGGCAAUAUUUGAUGAGAGGAGGUGGAAUGUCUGAAUUUCAUACUUUGAAUAAUCAUUUUGGAUUUUAAUGGUACUGUUUCAUGCUCUGAAGUUAUUUUGAUAAUAUCCCAGUGUUUGUAACAAUGCAGUCUGUACAAAGAAGAUGCACACUCAAUGUUAGAUUUAGUUUUGAGGAAAUAACUAAGCAAUCACAAGAUAAUUGGAUUCAAGGUACAUAAUAUCAAAUUUGUGUGAAAUUGAGAAAUUAAGUAACAAGGUUCUUUGCUGUUUUGAAAAAUUAUUGGGUUCUAGGGAUUUCUUAUUUGUUUAGGGUAUGUCCAAAGAAGAAUUUCAGAACACUCUGCUUCUCUUUUCCAUUCAAUUAUUGAGGAAGCAUAUUCCCAAUUAUGCAUUUAUAUCAAGGGCCUGUGCAAGAAAUUCAUGAAAUAUAUUUUAUCUUUUACAAUUUGAAUAUUAUGAACUGCUUUAGAUCUUUACUCUCUUCUCUGCAGCCUCUUUUCUUAAAGAGAUGAGGAAUUUCACUUUGAUGUCAGUAGUCAGUUGCACUGACUUUUUUUUGUGGCACCUCAACUUGCGGCACUGUGGAAUUGUAUGCAAAAAAAGCAUUAAUAACAGACAACAAGCACCUGCACAUGGAUGGUCCGUGCUAAAGAGGCACUACUGAGUGUCGAAAGAUCCCACUGAGGCAGUUUGGCACUUAUUCUUCAGCAAUGGAACCAAGUUUGAAUUUAGUAUACAAUGGAUCUAUGAACAUAACAAGUAAAAACUGUUUUUAAAACAAAAACUUUCCAUGGAUAUAUUUGCAUUUUAUUCUGGAUGUAUGUUUAGUAAGGCUAAAGAGAGAGGAGUCAUUCUGCUUUUAUUAACAGCAAUCUGAAUGUGAUUUCAAUGUAACUGAGGGAUGUUAAUGACGGGCUAAGUUUGAAAGUUUUUUUUAUUUUAAGAAAAGGCACUGUUUUUUGUGUUUCCUAUGAUUAUUAUGUUUCUGUUUAUGGUUAUUCACAAUAUCAAAAAUGGCUGCAAAGCUGGAGGGGAAGUUCACUGAUACUCUCUUCAGCAUUGGUUUUUAAUGACCAUUAAGAAUAUGUAUUAAAGAGUAAUCUUUACAUGCCUUUCCUGUGGUUUGUUUUCCUUUAUAUGGUUCCAGGCAUUGUGAAUUGGCUGCUGAUGUGUAAAUGGUGAAUUAUUUGAAGUAGAAAUGGGGCAGUAUUUAUAUAAACACCAGCAAAAUAACUAUCAGAAUUGGAUUUAUUAUCACUGGCAUAUGUCAUGAAAUUUGUUGUUUUGCGAUAGCCAUUCAGUACAAUGCAUAAAAUAUUGCCAUAGAUUAUGAGAACAAAUAAAUAUACAGAGAGAAUUAAAUAAGUAGUGCUCACAGAGCAAAAGUAGUGAGUUAAUGUUCGUGGG